GUACACCGUGCUGGAGCCUGUGGGGCAGGGCGCCUACGGCAUCGUGUGUGCCGCGCAGGACGAGUUGACCCAGGAGCACAUCGCUAUCAAGAAGAUCGAGAAUGCUUUCGAGCACAUCACGUUCACGAAGCGGACGCUGCGGGAGCUGCGGAUCCUGCGGCACCUCCGCCACGAGAACCUGAUCGACGUGAG